AAAACGGGUCUUUGAUCAUAAAGCGCGUUCUUUGCACCGUGCGUAAACGCGCCGCCACCUUGAUUGCAUUGUGCUCUGAGAGUGGUCUAGUCGUGACGGGGCAGGGUAGGAGCUCCAGCGGGCUGAGAAGACUAUAAAACUGCUUGAUGCCCGCUGCUGGAUGUGAGCUCAGCUCAGACAGACGGAGUUAGACCGACUCCGAGCUCUCACACGGAGAGAGGGGGCGGACAGGGUCGGAUCUUCACGGCAGAGGCAAACGAAAAGAACAUUUUUUUCUGCUCCACCAACUGGAUUUCACAGCCACCCGUUUCAGAAAUGUAUUGAUUGAUUGAUUUAUUUUUGCGUGGAAGUGAAUAGGAUGCGCGUCUUCUCCGGUGCGUUUUGACGCAUCUCCUCACCGAGCUGGACUCGCGCCCCCAGCCGGACUAAUUUUUAACCCUCCUCGUGUUUUUUUUAACUGCUUUCCUUGUUUGUUUUAUUUUGUUAUUUAACGCACAGAAAUGGGAUCGCACCGUGAAGCGAGCGUGUCCGCGUUCUGCGGGAAAACUUUGCUUCAGACGGUGCUGAUGCUCUGGCUCGCCUCGCUCGUUACCGGGACGUGGAAGACUGGACUCUAUAAAAGUUAUUCAGUCGGGUCGCAGACAGCAGGCACUCACACCUCAGUCUACCACAAAAGGAACUGGUGUCCUCAUACAGUAACGAAGACCGUGACCUGCCAGGUGCAGAACGGGACCAUCCUCCAGCGGGUCUAUCAGACGUGCCGUUGGCCGCAGGGAUGCUCGGGAGGCAGCUACAAGACAGUGGUCAGACCUUCGUACAAAGUGGUGUACCGCACUGUGACCUCCAUGGAGUGGAAAUGCUGUCCAGGAUUCAGCGGCACUGCUUGUGAGGAAGAUGGAGGGAACCAGCUUGUAGCUCAAGAGGCAGUACGGAAACCCUCCACCCUGCGGCGCCCAACUGCACGUGCCGGAGAAUCAAUCUCAAAUUGUCUCAACUGCAGCCGCAUCACAGCGUUGAGCGAGAAGCUGAACUCGCUGGAGGCGAAGGUUCAGCUACUCACAGAACCAGCCUCUAUAUCGCAUCGCCACCUUCAGACCAAAGGAGGAACUGCUCCAGAGGCGUUGCUUCUGAUGGGGGCGUCGCCCGCUCAAGGAGCUCCUGGUGAGCAGGGGCCUGCAGGUCCUCAGGGUGAAAACGGGAGAGAUGGGCUUCCUGGCAGAGACGGAAAGCCAGGGACUCGAGGGCUGCCAGGUCCCAGUGGGCCCCCGGGGGAGACUGGGGCGAGGGGUCCAUCUGGAGCUCCUGGAUCGAAGGGACUCGUGGGACCGGCAGGUCCCCGUGGUCCACCAGGUCUCCCAGGAGAGAGAGGUCUACCGGGUCUGCCUGGACCACCAGGGCCUCCGGGUCCACCGUCACCAGCCAACGCCCAAAUCCCAGAUCCAGAUCACAAUCGCGGAAAAGACCCUUUCUCCACCAACACUUUCCAUGACUCUCAAGGUUUGCCGGUGCCUGGACCUCAGGGUCCUCCUGGGCCAGUCGGACCUCCAGGUCCCAGAGGCCCUGCCGGCCCCCCUGGACCCUCAGGACAGAACGGAAAACCUGGAAAUGUGGGGGCACAGGGCCCUAUGGGGCCAAAGGGAGAACGCGGAGAGAGAGGUUCGUUAGGUUACCCAGGAGAGCGAGGCCUUCGAGGAGAGCCGGGAGCACCAGGUCCUAAAGGAGAACCAGGAGAAAAGGGCUUACCGGACGUUAGUUUGCAGAUGUUCCAAACCUUGCAGGCAGACCUUGAGCUUCUGGCUCGCAGGGUGACACUCCUGGAGGCUAUCAUCUGGCCAGAGCCUGAUCUAGGGUCUGGGGAUGGACCAUUUGGGACAACCUCCCCUAGUUUCUACAGGGAUAAGCGAGCGGGCACACUUUCACAUCGACUCGCUUCUCCUCUGUUCACCGACAGCAAGGUUCGAGGGAAAUAACGGACCACCACUACCCACUGAGGAUCACAGGCUGGGCUGACUUCCCCUCCUCUAAGUCUCAUCGGCAUUCAUCUGCUGCUCGAUCUGGGCUUUAAAAUAGGACUGAAGAUGGGGGAAACCUCAGGGAAACUCCACUGCUACUCCUGUUACUUCAAUAACCUGAGAACUGCUUCCAACCCCACCCCACCCACACAGCGAACACCCAGAGAAUGCUUGAAAUAGCUGUAUUUUAUGUCUAGAAUCAAAACUCAUCACAAUAACCAAGCUGGGGGGAUUUUUCUGUGGUGCUUGUCAAACUAUGGAGUUCUCAAAUAAAAAAGGGUCAUUUAAAGAAAUGAAGUGAAGGAGGAAUCAGUUGUGAGGAAAGAGUUGUUUUUACUUUAACGUGUUAACUGAAGUUUGUUAUUUAAGUAUAUUCAGCCUUUAACGUUUACAUGACAACGUCACAAACAUUCCCUUGUAUCCACCCUGUUAUAUGUCCGUCACAUUGUUUAACUCAGUGUUUUGUAGUGCACUAAAAUGACGUCGCCUCUAUUCUGUGUGAGUUAUAUAUUUUUAUUAGUGUUCUGUAGUCUUCUGGUGCCCAUCCCCAUGAGUACUGAUGUAUGAAUAAUUAGCAUUUUCACUUAAAAACAUGAAUUUUUGCUGAAAUCUGGAAACAAAAUGGGUAAAAAUUUUAACAGCUGUCCAUUUAAGUGGAAACUGUUUGUGGAACUUGAAGAUUUAUUUUUUUUACCACGUGUGUGUUGGUAAACUGCUCUGAUGGUAAUAUGUUGUUUUCCUCUCAUAUCAAACGUAUUGUGAGACUAUUUAAAUGGUAAGUUGUAGUUUUUGUCGUAAGCUGACGUGUAAUCAUUUCUGUAUUUCUUUUUCUUGCAACUGUGUUACCGUGUUAAGAUAAUCCUGUCGAGAUGAUCGGUGUAAUAAAAUUAUGUUUUUAUUAUAAUUAUUAUUUUAAUACAUCACCUGUUCAAAUUAGUGGUACAAAAGUAUUCAUUUAACAUUUUUAUUACAUAAAUAAACAACAUCUACUCUC